UAUAUACAUACAUACAUAUGUUUGAAUAAAAAUUUUUUGUUUGUAUUAACUGCACGCAAAAACUAAAAUUUAUCGUAAAAAAUGGCAACAAAAAUGCUAAAUAUUCAGGAUUAUACUAACUAUAUAAAAUGUGGGGAAAUCUUAAGAUCACCAUUACCAAGUUAUCAAAAUCCAUUUAUUUUAAAAUGUUAUCAGUGUGAUAAAAUCAAUUUCAUUUUGGAAUCAUUUAUAAUACACAUACAAGAACACUGCAAUGUUGGAGAAGAUUCAAAGGAAAGUGUUGAUAUUAAAAUUCUAAAUGAUGAUGAAGGGGAAAGUGAACCAAUAGAAAAUCCUGUAGUGAAACUAGAGACAAUUCUUAUGGAGGAGGAUGACCCUCUAGUUGGUAUUAAAGAUGAAGUUUCUGAAGAAAAUCCUCACGAUGAUGGUGAAGCUCAUAGUAAUAACAUGGAUGAUAACGAAGACUUUGAGGAUUAUUCUACAAAUACAGACGUUGAGUUUCAAACAGAUGAUACCGAAACGGAAGAUGAAGAGUUAGCUACAAAAACCACAAAAAAGAAAAAGAAAAAGAGUGCAUUGCCGCCGGCUGUUGAGAAAUUCAUAAAUUGCAAACCAAAAAUGCUAACAUUAAUAGAACUUUAUAAAAAUCAACCAAACUUAUGGAAUAAGGACCUACCUUUUUAUCGUUUUAGAGAUAAAAGACAGUCUUUUCUUGAAGAAACUACAAAAGAUUUAAACAAACAAUUGAAUACAGAAUAUACAUGGAAUGAAGUAUCGAAAAUUAUAACUUAUAUUUAUGGGAAACAUCGUGAUGAUUUCAAAAGGCUUCAACUUUAUCAGGAAGAUGAUAAAACUCCAAAAGAUGUUAAAUACAAAUGUGCUUGGUUCUUUGACGAUUUACAUUUCUUAAGACCCAAAAAGGAAAUGCAACUACAAAAAUUGGAUACAAAUUUGCCAGAUUUAACUAAAGAGCAAAUUAUUAAAAUAAUCGAAAUAUAUAGAGAAUUUCCAAAACUUUGGAAUACAAAUCUAGUAGAAUUCAUAUGUACAAAUAAACGCCACGAAGCUCACGGUGAAAUGGUAAAAAGUUUAGAAGAAAAUAUGAGUCUUGAUAUAAGCGUAACGGUUUUAGAAGAAUAUUUACGCACCAUACAUUAUUACUUUUCGAAAGAAAAAGGUAAUCGAAUGAAAAAUAAGGAAAGUAAAUCAAAAAAACUUGUAGAAGACUAUUAUGAACAUAUGUUGUAUUUGUACGACCAUGAGGGACCAUUUCAUUGUGCCGACUGUAAUAAGAUGUUUUCAAAACCGUUAGCAUUUAAAGCUCACAGAUCCACUCAUGAUGAUACUGUACCAUUUACAUGUUCUCUAUGCAAUAAAGAGUACAAAACACCUCAAUCUUAUACAGUUCAUGCAAAACGUCACUUUGAGGAUCUUGAAUUUACAUGCACAGAAUGCAAUAGAAAAUUUGUGGCUUACGCAGAUCUCCGAGUACAUAUAUUAACACACUCUACUGAUAGACCAUAUUUUUGUGAAGUAUGUGGCACUUCUUAUCGCCAUAUUCAAUGUUUUAAAAGACAUCAGAGACGUCAUGAUAAACGUUACACCCACAAAUGUCAUCUUUGCUCUAAAGGAUAUUAUUCCAAAGAUCGUUAUGAUGACCAUAUGAAUUCACACAUGAAUAUACGCUCGCAUAUUUGUCAGUUGUGUGGCAAGGGCUUUAUCACGAGCAGAGCAUUAAAGACACACGCAGUCACUCAUGAAGAUGCCAGAAAUCAUGCGUGUAAAUUGUGCGGGAAAACAUUUAAGCUUAAAAUUGGUGUAUUACAACAUAUGCGAACUCAUGGUAGUAGAUUUGAAAUCGAAGAUAAACAUUAAAUAAGAAAAACAUUAAUUUUCACUACUAUUAAUACUAACGUUUAUUUAUAUAGAUUAUGCAAUAAAAAUUACAUUUAUAAA